AUGAAAAAACGUUCAUCAAUAAAAAAAAUAUGUAAUAAAUGUAAAUUAAUUAAACGUUUUAAAAAAUUACAUAUUAUUUGUAUAAAUAAAAAACAUAAACAAACUCAAUGA